UGCUCGAAUCACUGCCCUUUUUCUCUCUUUUUCACUUACUUCGUCAGAAAAAUAUCUCUCCACUCAGAUUGUUCUUCUCUAAUUUAUUUCUUAUCUCCUUGACUGUCAGUGAGAUUUAUGUAGUUUGUUUGGAUUUUUGUUUGUAGGAGAAAGUACAUUGCCUCUUUUGUAUGAAGGGGGGUAAAAGGAAGGAUUGGCGUGGAACGUUGUUCGUAAGGUAGUUUUUUGGAUGGGGAUGCCUCUGGAGAGGAAGGUGCUAGUGUUGAUUGGACUAAGAGAUGAUGAACUAGAAAUUCUCGCCGAAAUUGGAACAUCUUCUCCUCCAAUUCUAACAACUAACGGUAUAGACGUUGUUACUGGCAAUGAAGAGGCAAGUGACUUUCCCAAAGAACCACACAAGGGGAGGUGGGAUAAGUAGGACCAAUAGAUAUAAGUCUCUUGGCAACUCCUUUCAGGUUGAUGCGGCGGCUGACCACCUUUUUGUCCUGAAGGAAAUUUUCCCAGACAGCCUAAACCUGUUAUCCCUUUUCUCUGGAAUUGGCGGUGGAGAAGUUGCACUUCAUCGACUUGGCAUUAAGUUGAAGAAUGUGGUUUCAGAUGAAAAGUCUAAAGUGAACAGGGACAUAGUCAGGAGUUGGUGGGAACAAACUAACCAGAGGGGGAAAUUAAUUGACUUUGAUGAUAUCCAACAGCUAGAUAGCGACAGUUGGAGAUUAUAAUGAAUUCUGUAAGUCAUUUUGAUCUGAUUAUUGGUGGAAGCCCUUGCAACAAUCGUGCAGGUAGUAACAGGGUUAGGAGGGAUGGUCUGGAGCGCAAAGAAUCAUCACUCUUCUUUGAAUAUUUCCGGGUAUUGGAUUUUGUUGGGUGCUAUAGCGAGCAGACUAAUGCAACUGAAAUUGAUACCACAUUGUUUUGGUACUUUCUGAUUAUUUCUUGAUAAUGUCAAUAAUUGCCUAUUUUAUU